AUGCAGGGUGAAGGCCUGAUUGUCGUUAAAGUUGAAGUGAAAGAUGAAGAAAAGCCGUAUGUGAGGGGUGAUGAGUCGUAUCCCGGAGACUCCAGAGACACUCAGAGAGACGUCAAAGCUGAGGAGGAAGAAGGACAUGUGAGGAUUAAAGUGGAAGAAGUUCCUCCAGAGAUCAGCACAGAUUCCAGAGACAGCAGAAAGUCUCAGAGAAAAGUCAAGCCUGAGGAAGGACAACAUGUGAAGAUCAAAGAAGAGGAAACGUCUAUAGAGACGGGCACAGACGGACAGCGCGGCACGACCAAUCCAAAGAGGCGUCCUGAUCUCUCGUCCCGUGACACCAAAGACGAUGAGAUCACAUCCAACUCUUCUGAUGAUGAUGACUCCAUUACCCCCAAUCACCGGCCAGUACUUCGGAGUUCAUACUUGCCGUCACAUGGGGGGCGUCACGUUGAUCAUUCGCCUGUCACUCAUCCUACAGAUCAUAGAGGGGGUGAGAUGUCCCCAUGGUCAGAGUCUGGUGAGACAUCCGAAUUCUCCUCCAACCAGGGGGCUCGCUUGACCCAGAACACUUAUUCCUUUCCCCAGGACAUGGGACAAUCGAGGAACAGCACCGAAAAUGUUAUAGAGCUUCCAAGGACUCACUCGGCGGACAAACCGCCAUACUUCUGCGCGGACUGCGGAAAGUGUUUCACCAGCAAGACCUGCCUGGCCUACCACGAGCGGACGCACAACGGAGAGAAGCCAUUCUUCUGUCCUGAAUGCGGCAGAUGUUUCACUCAGAAAGGACAUCUUAUGUCUCACCAGCAGACUCACACCGGAGAGAAGCCAUUUUCCUGUUCCGAAUGCGGCAGAUCCUUCACUCAAAGGUCGAAUCUUCUGAAGCACCACAGAACUCACACGGGGGUGAAGCCGUAUCCGUGCCCCGAAUGCGGCAAAUGUUUCAACAAGAGAGGCAACCUCACGGCCCACCAGAGGACUCACUUGGGCGACAAACCGUAUUCAUGUUCGGAGUGUAGAAAGUGUUUCACCAAAAAAUCCUAUCUGAUAUAUCAUCACUAUAAGAGCCACACGGGCGACCAGCCGUUUUCGUGUUCAGAAUGCGGGAAAGGUUUCACCCAAAAGGAAGACCUGACUUCGCACCAGAGGACGCACACGGAGGAGAAGCCGUAUUCCUGUUUGGAAUGCGGGAAGGGCUUUACCCGGAAAUCGACUCUGGGUUUGCACAAGAGGGUCCACACGGGCGAGAAGCCCUAUCCGUGUUCCGAAUGCGGGAAGGCGUUUGCAAAGAAAGCCUCCCUCGUGUCACAUCUCAGUUCCCACCAGAAGACUCACUCGAGGGACAAACUGUAUUCCUGCUCGGAAUGCGGAAAGUCUUUUCCCUACAAAUCACAUCUUGACCGCCAUGAAAGGACUCACACGGGUGAGAAGCCGUUUUCUUGUUCUGAAUGCGGCAGAUGUUUCACCCAGAAGGGAUAUGUUAUAUUACACCAGAGGAUUCACACGGGGGAAAAGCCGCAUUCCUGUCCAGAGUGCGGGAAGCGUUUCACCCAAAGGUCGAGCCUUUGUAAGCACCAGAGAUGUCACACGGGGGUGAAGCCGUAUUCGUGUCCCGAAUGCAGGAAAUGUUUUAAAAAGAAAGGAAAUCUCCUCGCGCACCAGAAGACUCACACGGGGGAGAAACCAUUUUCCUGCACCGAAUGCGGGAAGCGUUUUGCCUACAAGUCAAACCUCACCGUACAUGAAAAGAUUCACACGGGGGAGAGACCUUAUUCAUGUUCCGAGUGCGGCAAAUGUUUCGGCGAUAAGUCAAAGCUGGUCCAGCACCAAAGAAUCCACACGGGUGAUCUCCCAUAUUCCUGUACGGAAUGCGGCAAAUGCUUUAUUGACAGGUCAACGCUCGUCAAGCAUCAUAGAAUCCACACCGGCGAUCGUCCGUAUUUGUGUUCGGAGUGCGGGAAAGGCUUUACGGAUGUGUCCAGUUUGUGUCAGCAUCAGAGAGUCCACACUGGGGUCCAGCCGUAUUCCUGUUCCGAAUGCGGGAGAUGUUUUACCCGGAAAUCGACUCUUGUUAGGCACGAAAGAGUCCACACCGGGGAGAAGCCAUAUUCAUGUUCUGAAUGUGGAAAGAGGUUUACACAGAAACCCUCCCUCAUGUCACAUCUCAGUUCCCACCAGAAACAAAAGAUGUACCUGUGUUCUGAGUGCGGCAAAUAUUUUGUCUCCAGAUGAAAACUGCUGGUCCACCAGAAGACUCACACGGGAGAGAAGCCCCAUUCGUGUCCAGAGUGUGGGAAGCGUUUUCCCCGGAAGACGUCUCUUCUUAAACACAAAAAACUCCAAACGGGGGAAAAGCCCUAUUCCUGUCUUGAGUGCAGGAAAAGUUUUACAGAGAAGGUCAAUCUUCUCACUCACCAAAGAAUCCAUACGGGAGAGAAGCCGUUUUCAUGUCCGGAAUGUGGGAAGUCUUUUUCCCAGAGGGGAAACCUCAUAUCCCACCAGAGGACUCACACAGCCGAGAAACCGUACUCCUGUUCUAAGUGCGGGAAGCGUUUUACCCAGAGACAAGGCCUCCGCUCCCAUCAGAGGACUCACGCGGCCGAGAAGCCAUUUUCCUGUUUGGAAUGCGGGAAAAGCUUUACCCAUAGCAAGACUCUCAUUUCCCACCAGAGGACUCACACGGGAGAACGGCCGUUCUCCUGCUCGGAGUGCGGGAAAAGCUACACCGACAAGUCCCAUCUAGCCGUACAUCAGGUCGUCCACAUGAGCGACCGCCAGUAUUCCUGCGCUCAGUGCGGAAAAUGUUUCACCCGGAAAGGAAGCCUCAUUUCGCACCAGAGGUCGCACACGGGAGAAAAGCCAUUUUCAUGCAGCAGGUGCGGAAAACAGUUCACGAGGAAACGCUACUUAAUUGAACAUCAGAAUAUUCACACGGGUGAAAAUCUCUUUUCGUGUACGGAGUGCGGCAAACGUUUCACCCGGAAAGGAAAGCUGAUCGUGCACCAGAGAUCUCACACGGGGGAAAAACCAUUUUCGUGCCCGGAAUGCGGGAAGUGUUUUUCGCAGAAAGCAACUCUUAUCAAACAUGAGAGAGUCCACACGGGGGAGAAGCCGUAUUCCUGUUCAGAGUGCGGAAAGUGUUUCACUGGGAAAGAUAUACUUAUUACACAUCAAAGAAUUCACAGAGGGGAGAAGCCAUUCACAUGUCUAGAAUGCGGCAAGGGCUUUAGGCAGAAGUCUGACCUCACUAGGCAUUGUAGAAACCACACAGCCGAGAAACAAUACUCCUGUCCCACGUGCGGGAAAAGCUUCCCUGAAAAAUCACUUCUCGUUAUACACGAACGGGUUCACACUGGGGAGAAGCCGUUCUCUUGCUCUGAAUGCGGGAAGUGUUUCUCCCAGAGAGGAAGCCUCAUUUCUCACGAGAGAAUUCACGCGCCCGAAAAACCAUUCUCCUGCGCCGAGUGCGGGAAGCGCUUUACCCAGAAGCAAAACCUCAUCGCCCAUCAGAGAACCCACACCGCCGAGAAGCCGUUUGCUUGCUCCGAAUGCGGAAAGAGCUUUACCCAAAGGGUCAACCUCAUCUCGCACCAAAGACUGCACACGGGAGAGAGACCGUUCUCGUGUUCCGAGUGCGGGAAAAGUUACACGAACAGGUCACACCUCGCCACCCAUCAAAUCGUUCACAUGACCGAUAACCCAUAUUCCUGUCCUCAGUGCGGGAAGUGUUUUACCCGCAGGGGGAGUCUUAUCCAACACCAGAGGUCGCACACGGGAGAGAAGCCAUUCUCCUGUUUGGAAUGCGGGAAAAUGUUUACAAGGAAAACGUCACUGAUGUCACAUCUCGGUUCCCACCGGUUACAAGAGGUUCCCGUGGCGGCCAAGACGCCAGAGGCAGCUGGUGGAAGAUGGCAGAUCAGACAACACUUGUGCGAGGAGCUGAAGCGUAGUCAGGAACAAGCCAGAUUGGGGGGUGGGACCUCUGUCCCUCAGUGGACCCCCAAGAAGUGGAUUUUACGCACUUACAAUUACCGCUCCUCCGGGUUCUCCGAUUCCUGUGCGCUCCAUCACUCAAUACUUACAAUUACUGCUCCUCCGGGUUCUCUGCUUCCUGUCCGCUCCAUCACUCAGCACUUACAAUUACUGCUCCCCCCGGGUUAUCCGCUUCCUGUGCGCUCCAUCACUCAACACUUACAAUUACUGCUCCCCCGGGUUCUCUGCUUCCUGUGCGCUCAUCACUCAGCACUUACAAUUACCGCUCCUCCGGGUUCUCCGAUUCCUGUGCGCUCCAUCACUCAAUACUUACAAUUACUGCUCCUCCGGGUUCUCUGCUUCCUGUCCGCUCCAUCACUCAGCACUUACAAUUACUGCUCCCCCCGGGUUAUCCGCUUCCUGUGCGCUCCAUCACUCAACACUUACAAUUACUGCUCCCCCGGGUUCUCUGCUUCCUGUGCGCUCAUCACUCAGCACUUACAAUUACCGCUCCUCCGGGUUCUCCGAUUCCUGUGCGCUCCAUCACUCAGCACUUACAAUUACUGCUCCCCCCGGGUUAUCCGCUUCCUGUGCGCUCCAUCACUCAACACUUACAAUUACUGCUCCCCCGGGUUCUCUGCUUCCUGUGCGCUCAUCACUCAGCACUUACAAUUACCGCUCCUCCGGGUUCUCCGAUUCCUGUGCGCUCCAUCACUCAGCACUUACAAUUACUGCUCCCCCCGGGUUAUCCGCUUCCUGUGCGCUCCAUCACUCAACACUUACAAUUACUGCUCCCCCGGGUUCUCUGCUUCCUGUGCGCUCAUCACUCAGCACUUACAAUUACCGCUCCUCCGGGUUCUCCGAUUCCUGUGCGCUCCAUCACUCAAUACUUACAAUUACUGCUCCUCCGGGUUCUCUGCUUCCUGUCCGCUCCAUCACUCAGCACUUACAAUUACUGCUCCCCCCGGGUUCUCUGCUUCCUGUGCGCUCCAUCACUCAGCACUUACAAUUACUGCUCCCCUUGGGUUCUCUGCUUCCUGUGCGCUCCAUCACUCAGCACUUACAAUUACUGCUCCUCCGGGUUCUCUGCUUCCUGUGCGCUCCAUCACUCAGCACUUACAAUUACUGCUCCUCCGGGUUCUCUGCUUCCUGUGCGCUCCAUCACUCAGCACUUACAAUUACUGCUCCUCCGGGUUCUCUGCUUCCUGUGCGCUCCAUCACUCAGCACUUACAAUUACUGCUCCUCCGGGUUCUCUGCUUCCUGUGCGCUCCAUCACUCAGCACUUACAAUUACUGCUCCUCCGGGUUCUCUGCUUCCUGUGCGCUCCAUCACUCAGCACUUACAAUUACUGCUCCUCCGGGUUCUCUGCUUCCUGUGCGCUCCAUCACUCAGCACUUACAAUUACUGCUCCUCCGGGUUCUCUGCUUCCUGUGCGCUCCAUCACUCAGCACUUACAAUUACUGCUCCUCCGGGUUCUCUGCUUCCUGUGCGCUCCAUCACUCAGCACUUACAAUUACUGCUCCUCCGGGUUCUCUGCUUCCUGUGCGCUCCAUCACUCAGCACUUACAAUUACUGCUCCUCCGGGUUCUCUGCUUCCUGUGCGCUCCAUCACUCAGCACUUACAAUUACUGCUCCUCCGGGUUCUCUGCUUCCUGUGCGCUCCAUCACUCAGCACUUACAAUUACUGCUCCUCCGGGUUCUCUGCUUCCUGUGCGCUCCAUCACUCAGCACUUACAAUUACUGCUCCUCCGGGUUCUCUGCUUCCUGUGCGCUCCAUCACUCAGCACUUACAAUUACUGCUCCUCCGGGUUCUCUGCUUCCUGUGCGCUCCAUCACUCAGCACUUACAAUUACUGCUCCUCCGGGUUCUCUGCUUCCUGUGCGCUCCAUCACUCAGCACUUACAAUUACUGCUCCUCCGGGUUCUCUGCUUCCUGUGCGCUCCAUCACUCAGCACUUACAAUUACUGCUCCUCCGGGUUCUCUGCUUCCUGUGCGCUCCAUCACUCAGCACUUACAAUUACUGCUCCUCCGGGUUCUCUGCUUCCUGUGCGCUCCAUCACUCAGCACUUACAAUUACUGCUCCUCCGGGUUCUCUGCUUCCUGUGCGCUCCAUCACUCAGCACUUACAAUUACUGCUCCUCCGGGUUCUCUGCUUCCUGUGCGCUCCAUCACUCAGCACUUACAAUUACUGCUCCUCCGGGUUCUCUGCUUCCUGUGCGCUCCAUCACUCAGCACUUACAAUUACUGCUCCUCCGGGUUCUCUGCUUCCUGUGCGCUCCAUCACUCAGCACUUACAAUUACUGCUCCUCCGGGUUCUCUGCUUCCUGUGCGCUCCAUCACUCAGCACUUACAAUUACUGCUCCUCCGGGUUCUCUGCUUCCUGUGCGCUCCAUCACUCAGCACUUACAAUUACUGCUCCUCCGGGUUCUCUGCUUCCUGUGCGCUCCAUCACUCAGCACUUACAAUUACUGCUCCUCCGGGUUCUCUGCUUCCUGUGCGCUCCAUCACUCAGCACUUACAAUUACUGCUCCUCCGGGUUCUCUGCUUCCUGUGCGCUCCAUCACUCAGCACUUACAAUUACUGCUCCUCCGGGUUCUCUGCUUCCUGUGCGCUCCAUCACUCAGCACUUACAAUUACUGCUCCUCCGGGUUCUCUGCUUCCUGUGCGCUCCAUCACUCAGCACUUACAAUUACUGCUCCCCCCGGGUUCUCUGCUUCCUGAUGACUUUCUGGGUGAAGCUCUUGCCGCACUCCGUACAUGAAUACGGCUUCUCCCCGGUGUGGAUCCUCAUGUGCUUGAUGAGCACCGACUUCCACCCGUAUGAUUUCCCACACACGGAGCACGUGUAUGGCUUCUCCCCCGUGGGUGUCCAGAUAGGAUUUGUGGGCAAACCCUUUGCCGCAUUCCGAGCAAGCGUACGGCUUGAGGUCAUUAAUGUGUCCUUUCUGGUGGAGGACGAGGGAGGAUUCCCGUUCAAAGCGCUUCCCGCAUUCCAGGCAGGAAUAUGGCUUCCCCACCAUGUACAGGACUCUACGAGGCCCAAGACGGGUGAUGUCAUCAACCCCUCUUCCACCAUCUUCAGAGAUCAUGGGACCUUUCCCAGUGUCACACCUUUGCAGAACCUGGUCACUGGAGGUGGACCUGAGGAGCGGGGCUGCCCAUGCAGAAGACUGGAGGACUCAUGGGGCGUAAGCACCACAUCCGUGGCAGCACUGAUCUGUAAACUGACUCAAGCCGCCAUGGAUAUCCCAGGUGAGCGGGAGAAGAAGGGGGUUCAGGCACGAUAUGUGGAGUGUGGUGUGUUACAUUACCUGAGUGAUAGGCAGCACCCUGCAUAUGAGCUAGGAUGGAUGGAACUUAAGCUCGCCCCCCAUCAUCCCAGGAACAAGUGUGGGUUUGCUGUAUUGCUCGCCCACAAAUCCGCACAUGUGCAGUAUUCGCGUGGCCAUCCUCCCAUUAAGGGGAACACUGCACAUGUGCGGAUUUGUGGGCAAGCAAUUCCUGUGAUGAUGGGGGCGCUCAACGUUCCAUCCAUCCGAGUUCUUAUGCAGGAUGGGCCGAUCACACAGAAUAAGAUCACCCAGGUUGAUGGCCUGGUGGUCGUUAAAGUGGAAGAAGACGAGAUGUGCAUGACCGGGGAAGAGUCGGAGGAGGAGGACAGACACAUAGUGAUUAAAGAGGAGGACGUUCCUGACAAAAGUCUCAUUAAUAUUAAAACUGAACCAGGGGGCAAUGAAGAUCCAUCUGUGAUGGGUGACGAGUCGUGUAAGGAGGAGGAGUGUUCAGACCCUGUAGACACCAUAGUGACGCACAGAAAUGUCAAGGUUGAGGAGGAUGAAAUCAGAUGUGUGAAGAUCGAAGAUGAUCAAAUUGCUGUAGAGAUCAGCACAGAUGGACGAUACAGAAGGUACAAUAUGAAGAGACAUUCCAUGUCAUCUCCAGACGAUGAAAUAGAUGACAGCUCAGCAGAUUCCCCAGGAGAAAACCCCACGGGCCCAAAUCUGGGUUCAGUGCCUCGCCAUGCCAAUUCGUCAUCUGAUGCCUCUACCCACGAGGGGACCUUUCCCAAUCCCACCGAGACCACAGCUCAUUAUACAUCUGGCCGAUUUCCCAAAAAGGUCCCUUGUCCUGAGUGUGGUAAAUGUUUUACUUGGAAGUCAAGUCUGGUCAAGCAUCAGAGGUCGCACACGGGAGAAAAGCCCUAUUCCUGUUCAGAAUGCGGGAAAUGUUUUGUUUACAAACCGGACCUUGUCGUACAUGAAAGAGCCCACAGGGGCGAGAGGCCGUUUGCCUGCUCUGAGUGCGGAAAAAGCUUUGCUAAGAAAUUUUGUCUUGUCCAACAUCAGAGGACUCACACGGCAGAGAAGCCCUAUGCCUGUCCCGAGUGUGGGAAAUGUUUCAUGACAAAAGCUUGCCUUUUCCAACAUCAGAGGUCUCACAGCGAGGAGAAGCGGUAUUCAUGUUCAGAGUGCGGGAAGUGCUUCAGACACAACUCGGAUCUUCUCAAACAUCGCAGAACGCACACGGGGGAAAAGCCUUAUUCCUGUUCUGAAUGCGGAAAAGGCUUUUCGGUGAAGGCAACUCUUGUUCACCAUCAGAGAAGACACAGAGGGGAGAAGCCUUAUUCGUGUCCAGAGUGCGGUAAAUGCUUUGUGCAGAAGUCGGACCUUGAUAGGCAUUAUCUCAUCCACACUGGCGAGCGACCGUUCUCGUGUCUUGAAUGUGGGAAGUGUUUUACACAAAGGUCGACUCUGGUGGAGCAUCGUAGAAUUCACUCAGGAGAGAAGCCCUAUGCGUGUUCCGAGUGUGGAAAAUGCUUUGCGCAAAGAGGGCAACUUUCACGGCUUCUCCUACACGAGAGGGUCCACACGGGUGAGCGGCCGUUUGCUUGCACCGAAUGCGGCCGGACCUUUGCUAAGAAGUUUACCCUUGAUGCCCACCAGAGGAUCCACACAGGCGAGAGGCCAUUCUCCUGCUGCGAAUGCGGGAAGGGCUUCGUACAGAGGUCCUCCCUGGUGGAACAUCAGAGAACUCACACGGGACUGAAGCCACACGCCUGUUCGGACUGCGGGAAGUGCUUCAGGCAGAGGUCGGAGCUUCACAAACAUCGGAGGGCUCACGCGUGGGUGAAGCCAUAUUCGUGUCAGGAGUGCGGGAGGACCUUUUCGCUGGAGGCGGCUUUCCUGUUCCAUCAGAAGGAGCACAAGGACAGGAAGCUGCAUUCCUGUUCACAAUGCGGGAAAAGCUACGCGUACAAAGUAGACCUCGGCCGGCACAUACUAUCUCACACUGGCGAGCGGCCGUUUGCUUGUGAUGAGUGUGGGAAGUGCUUUACUAAGAGAUCCACCCUCAACGAGCACUCGAGAAUUCACACGGGAGUGAAGCCAUUCGCAUGCAUCGAAUGCGGCAAGCGGUUCAUCCAGAAGUCCUCCCUCGUAGUCCAUCAAAGGUCUCACACGGGAGAGAAGCCGUAUUCUUGCUCGAAAUGCGUUAAGUGCUUCAGGCACCGGUCAGAUAUGCUUAACCACGAGAGAACACACACGGGGUGA